UGAAUACAUCAGUCAUGUUCAGUUAGUAAGGAUGCGUUAACGGUGCAGGGCCUCCGCAGGUAAAAUAUUUGCCCAGCGAGGUUAUUGGCCUUUUUAGCAGCAUAAACCAACAGGACACUUACCCUCAAAACAGCAAACUCUGACCCCGAGUUCCAGCCAAUUCUGUUUAUUAAGAGUGAGAAUCGCUGCCAAGAUACAGUGUCAGGACAAGCUGCCACCACUACAACUAGCUGGGGGACGCAACAACUGAGUGUCUGGAUACUGGACUUAAGUGUAGGAGUGCUGCUGCUACAGCUGGUUUAAUUUGACUCCUUUUUUUUAGAACUCAUGAUUACUUUCAAUCAAGGAUAAGAAAGAUAGAUUUCUCUUAACGAGGAAACGUGUAGAUGAGUCAACAUGCCGACUGGAUCAGUUAGAUUGCAAAGCAUUAAAAAACUGGGACAAGAAAACCACAGCUAUGAGUUUUCAGAUGAAGAAUCAGCUGGCUCGAAUACGACCAAGACAACUUCCAAAGAUGAUAACAGAUAUAAGGGAAAUGCAGAGCAACCAGCGAUACGGGUCGGCUUCUUUCAGCUGUUCCGUUUUUCCACAUGCAAUGAGGUGCUGAUGAUGGUGGUGGGCAGCGUGUGCGCGGUGCUGCACGGCUCGGCCCAUCCCCUCAUGCUGCUGGUGUUCGGCCUGCUCACCGACACCUUCAUCGAGUACGACAUCGAGCUCAACGAGCUGAGCGACGGCAGGAAGGAGUGCGUGAACAAUACCAUCCAGUGGAAGAGGAACUACACCGCCGGGAACACGCCGCAGAACCAGUCGGGCUGGGGCCUCAUGAACAAUUCAACAUGGGCAAUGCUCACGCCGCUGGAGGGCAGGCCGUGUGGGAUUCUCGACAUUGAAUACGAAAUGACUCAAUUUGCCUUUUAUUAUGUUGGAAUUGCAGCAGCUGUCAUCUUGCUGGGAUACUUUCAGAUCUUCCUGUGGGUGACGUCCGCCGCCAAGCAGAUUCAGAUCAUCAGGAAAAUGUACUUCAGCAAAGUGAUGAGGAUGGAGAUCGGCUGGUUCGACUGCAACUCCGUCGGGGAGCUCAACACUCGCAUGUCAGAUGAUAUCAACAAGAUCAACGAUGCCAUUGCGGAUCAAGUUGCCAUUUUCCUGCAGCGCUUCACCACCUUCGUGUGCGGUUUCUGCAUCGGCUUCGUGAAAGGAUGGAAGUUAACGCUCGUCAUUGUCGCAGCGAGUCCACUGAUCGGUGUUGGGGCUGGUCUUAUGGCUGUGUCUGUGGCUAAGCUAACGGGGAUGGAGCUGCAGGCCUACGCCAAAGCUGGAGCCGUAGCAGACGAGGUCCUCUCCUCCAUCAGGACCGUGGCUGCUUUCGGUGGGGAGAUUAAAGAAGUGCAAAGGUACGACAGAAACUUGAUCUCGGCGCAGCGCUGGGGCAUCAGGAAGGGUCUGAUCAUUGGCUUUUUCACCGGAUAUAUGUGGAUGAUCAUCUUUCUGUGCUAUGGUCUGGCCUUCUGGUAUGGCUCCAGCCUGGUGGUGGACACUGAGGAGUACACGCCAGGAACACUACUGCAGGUGUUCUUUGGUGUUUUGGUAGCAGCCAUGAACUUGGGGCAGGCCUCGCAAUGUCUGGAGGCGUUCGCUGCAGGCCGUGGAGCUGCUACCAUCAUCUUCGAGACUAUUGACAGAGAGCCGGAGAUUGAUUGUCUAUCUGAGGCUGGAUACAAGCUCGACAGGGUCAAAGGAGACAUUGAGUUUCACGAUGUGACCUUCCACUACCCCUCCAGACCUGAAGUCAAGAUCCUGGACCGGCUCAGCGUUGCAGUGAAGUCAGGGGAGACGACAGCCUUUGUCGGUCCGAGCGGAGCUGGGAAGAGUACCGCUAUCCAGCUCUUCCAGCGCUUCUAUGACCCUCAAGAGGGCAUGGUGACCCUGGACGGACAUGACAUCAGAGGGCUGAACAUCCAAUGGCUGCGCUCGCUGAUUGGCAUCGUGGAGCAGGAGCCCGUGCUGUUCGCCACCACCAUCGCUGAGAAUAUACGCUACAGUCGACCCGGCGUCUCCAUGGAGGACAUCAUCAGCGCUACGAAGGAGGCCAACGCCUACAACUUCAUCAUGGAUCUGCCGCAGAAAUUCGACACCCUGGUGGGGGAGGGUGGAGGUCAUAUGAGCGGCGGUCAGAAGCAGCGUAUUGCCAUCGCUCGAGCGUUGGUCAGGAAACCACGUAUCCUGCUGCUGGACAUGGCGACCUCUGCCCUCGACAACGAGAGCGAGGCGAUAGUUCAAGAAGCUUUGGAUAAAGUACGCAUGGGUCGCACCACCAUCUCCAUCGCUCACCGGCUGUCCACCAUAAAGAACGCCGACGUGAUCGUCGGCUUCGAGCACGGCCAGGCUGUGGAGAAGGGCAAGCACAACGAGCUGCUGGAGAGGAAGGGCGUCUACUUCACCCUCGUCACCCUGCAGAGCCAAGGAGACAAGGCCCUCAACGAGAAGGCUCGGCAAAUGGCUGACGAAGAAGAAGAGCCAGAGAGGCUGAAUAUAUCCAGAGCCGGCAGCUACCGUGCCAGUUUGAGAGCGUCUAUCCGCCAGCGGUCCCGAUCCCAGCUGUCCAAUCUGAUCCCGGAGUCUUCGGUUUCCAUCGUCGGGGAGCUCGGCCCCAGAGCCUACUCUGUGUCACAGGCAGACAAAUCUCAGCAUGCCAUCCCAGAGGAGGAGGAGGAAUAUGUGGAGCCUGCUCCGGUUGCCAGGAUCCUGAAGUACAACGCACCGGAGUGGCCCUAUAUGCUUUUUGGAUCCUUUGGCGCCGCCAUAAACGGAGGGAUCAACCCAGUCUACUCUCUACUGUUCAGUCAAAUCCUGGCGACGUUCUCAGUAACAGAUCCCGUGGCUCAGAGGAAGCAGAUUGAUGGUAUCUGCGUGUUCUUUGUCAUGGUCGGAGUGGUCUCUUUCUUCACGCAGAUGCUUCAGGGUUAUGCUUUCUCCAAGUCUGGGGAGCUGCUGACCUGCAGGUUACGGCAGCUCGGCUUCCACGCCAUGCUGGGCCAAGAGAUCGGCUGGUUUGAUGAUCAGAGGAACAGCCCCGGAACGCUGACCACACGUCUGGCGACUGAUGCCUCGCAAGUUCAAGGAGCCACGGGCUCGCAGAUCGGCAUGAUCGUCAACUCCCUGACCAACAUCGGCGUGGCCGUCCUCAUGUCCUUCUACUUCAGCUGGAAGCUGACGAUGCUCAUCCUGUGCUUCCUGCCGUUCAUCGCUCUGUCUGGCGGCUUCCAGGCGAAGAUGCUGACCGGGUUCGCGAAGCAGGACAAGCAGGCGAUGGAGGCUGCCGGACGGAUUUCCGGCGAGGCGCUGAACAACAUCCGCACCAUCGCAGGCCUGGGGAAAGAGAGGAUUUUUGUGGACAUGUACUACGCGCAUCUGGACACGCCGUACGACACGGCCGUGAAGAAGGCCAAAGUGUACGGAGCGUGCUACGGUUUCGCCCAGUGCGUCAUCUUCUUGACCAACUCCGCCUCCUACAAGUUUGGAGGUUACUUGGUGCGACAGGAGGGGCUUCAUUUCAGCCUGGUGUUCAGGGUCAUCUCAGCCAUCGUCAUCAGCGGCACAGCCCUCGGCAAAGCCUCCUCUUACACACCCGACUACGCUAAGGCCAAGAUUUCAGCUGCACGCUUCUUCCAGCUGUUGGACCGUGUGCCUCAGAUCAGCGUCUACAGCGAUAAGGGAGAUAAAUGGGAUAACUUCCAAGGGAACAUUGAGUUCAUUGACUGUAAGUUCACCUACCCCACCAGGCCAGACAUCCAGGUCCUGAAUGGGCUGAAUGUGUCAGUGAAGCCUGGCCAGACGCUGGCCUUUGUGGGCAGCAGCGGCUGUGGGAAGAGCACCAGCGUGCAGCUGCUGGAGAGGUUUUAUGAUCCCGACCACGGCAGAGUGCUGAUUGAUGGCCGAGAGUCGUCUCGCGUCAGCGUGCCCUUCCUGCGCUCCAAGAUUGGCAUCGUGUCCCAGGAGCCCAUCCUGUUUGACUGCAGCAUCGAGGAGAACAUCAAGUACGGCGACAACUUGCGGGAAAUCAGCAUGAAUGAGGUCAUCUCUGUCGCCAAGAAGGCACAGCUCCACGACUUUGUCAUGUCACUUCCUGAGAAAUACGACACCAAUGUCGGCGCCCUGGGUUCUCAGCUGUCCCGCGGCCAGAAGCAGCGCAUCGCCAUCGCCAGGGCGAUCAUACGUGACCCCAAGAUCCUGCUCCUGGACGAGGCCACCUCCGCCCUGGACACGGAGAGCGAGAAGACCGUGCAAGAGGCCCUGGACAAAGCCAGGGAGGGCCGGACCUGCAUCGUCAUCGCCCACCGCCUGUCCACCAUCCAGAACUCUGACAUUAUCGCCGUCAUGUCCCGGGGCUCGCUGAUCGAGAAGGGAACGCACGACCAGCUCAUGGCCCUGAAGGGAGCCUACUACAAGCUGGUUACCACGGGAGCACCAAUCAGCUAACUGCUCGGGGAAACAGUAGCCAAUUAGCAAGGCAGCCGAGAGAGACGAAUGUAAGAAGCAGUGUUAUUACCGCACAUCCAGAGAGAGACGAAAAAGAAAGAAAAGAUACACCUGUUCACUCUUACAGUAUUUAUUUUGGGGUAUUUUAAAGUCAUUGUCUUUCUGAUGUGUUGGCAAUUAUCUAUAACCUUCACUUGAUGCAGCGGUAUUCAGAAGUAUAUCCCACAAUUCACCAGUCUACAGCGCCAAACCAAUCCUCUAACAAUAAUUAACAAAGAAGUUGAAUUCCAUGCCAUGCUGGAUUCAGUCUAAAUAUUAUUUAUAUUAUUCAUAUCCAAACAUAACGUAGUUAUACCUCCACAGAUGAUUAUCAUUUAAUGUAUUAUUACUGUAAUAUAGCAAAUCUGUUCUUCUUGCUGAAAGUAAUCAGAGUAAUUUAUAUAUAUAAUAAUAAUAAUAAAUGUUUAAUAUAUCAUUUCAUCAAUGGUUUGGACAAAAUGCAAUAGUUCAACAUUUCCGGAAAUACGCUCUUUUGCUCUCUCGCCAAGAGUUAAGACCUUUACACACCGGAAGCGUGACAAAUGAGCCACACGAAAAUGCGAAAUACUCGCUCACUAAUAAAAUAUUAUAUAUUAUAGGGUUUUAUUGUGAAAGGUGAAAUCAGAAGGAGUGUAUCGGGUCUGCGCUGCCUUUGUCGAGGUUGAAAGGAGGUUUGCUGUUCUGGUUCGGACAACGGAGCCUCCUUGUUGUUGUUUCAUAAAUAUAGGCUCAACUCAACCUCGUUCUGCACAGCGUGAUUGGUUGAUGCCUUUGUUCGUGGUGCAAAAGCUCAGAAAAAUCGACCUUGUUCCGAAAAAAAAGUACAUCCCUUUUUCGCCGCGUAAUAUUCACGUUGUAUGUACUCUGAAAUAACUCGACUCAACUCGUUGCGCACAACUUGUUUGAUGUCUUCAUUCGCGGUGCAAAAGAUCAGAGAAUCGAUCUUGUUCCGGAAAAAAGUAUGUCCCUUUUUUGCCGCCUAAUAUUCACGUUGUAAGUACUCAUGCCAAAAGCAACAGUUCGAAAUAAUGCAACUCAUCUCGUUCCGCACAACUUGUUUGAUUGAUGUCUUUAUUCGCGGUACGAAAAGUUAAGAAAACUGAUCUUGAUCCGGAAAAAAAAAAUGUAGACUAACUGUCAGGAAGAAAGUGAAUAAGUGUAUUUCUCCAAAUGUCAAAUAAUUAUUUUUCUUUUUUACAUUUUAUUAGACAGAAACAAUGUCAUCCUAUGUGUCUUAUGAAUAGUAAACUAUGUGCUUCUAGAUAAUUCCUUUUAAUUGCUUCAUGAGAUGUAUAUUCCUCCUCCCAGCUCCUGAAUGUGUGUUUGUUUUUCAUCUGAUUGUAACUUUCAUGCUGGCUUUAUGUGGGAAUUAAAUAAAACCAUCAAAGUGUGUGA